AUGGAAGUAACGGGUAAGAUAUUGCUAGAGGCGAUAUGUAAUCGCAAUAUCGUCCAUAUUUGCACCGAGGAGAGGACCAGGAGAUGUAUACCCUCAUCACGAGACGAAGGCAUCUGUCGUAGGUGCGGCGGUGACCACCGAGGGGGUCCCAUACCUUGCAUUUGUUAUACGGAAAGGCCUGUAAAGUUCGAGUCUGGAGCGUCGGUUCUGCGGCAAGUGCACCGCGCACUCAGAAUGAUGCCGUGGACUAUAUCUACGGACAAAUUGGAGCAGAUAGAGGAAGAAGGCGAUGGCUUCGAUAAUCCGGGUCCUAGUGACCCUACCCGGGGAGAGUUGAUAAAGAUCAGGGAGUUCCUCGAGACAAUAUCAGCGAAGCUGGCCGGCGGACCCUUAGAAGGAACAAAAGUCUCACCGCUUUACGAUCAUCCCGCAUAUAUUCACAUGUUCGAGCGAUACCACUCUGGACUGCGCAACGCGCUGACUUCGCUUGCGAUCGCGCUUCGAAACGCGCUUACACGUAAGAUAGAACAGGAUAGCAUGCUCUGUGACAAUAACAAAUCUUUGUAA